AUGGUUCAGGUUGUAGGAUUGCUGAAUGACUAUGUCAUCAGGAUGAUGAUCGCCGUCAAGAGUCUGGUGACUAAAGGCACCCUGGUCCAGACCAAAGGAGUCGGCGCCUCCGGCUCGUUCAAACUCAACAAGAAACAAGCUGAGACCAAGACAAAACCCGCCAAGAAAGCCGCUCCUAAAGCCAAGAAGCCCACAGCCAAGAAACCUGCCGCCGCUAAGAAGCCCAAGACCGCAGCAGCGAAGAAGCCCGCCGCUAAGAAACCUCCGAAGAAGGCCAAGAAACCCGCUGCUAAAAAGGCAACGAAGAGCCCCAAGAAAGCAAAGAAACCAGCGACUCCUAAGAAAGCAGCCAAGAGCCCUAAAAAGACCAAGGCAGCCAAACCCAAGACGACGAAACCCAAAGCAGCCAAACCUAAAAAGACAGCAGCCAAGAAGAAAUAAACUCAGUCAUUUUUACGUUUUAUCAAAACGGCUCUUUUAAGAGCCACCCACUAAUUCAAAGUGAGAGCAUUGUUUCUGUUCAGUGUCGCGUAAUGUUGCAUUUGGACGUUAUUGAUAUGAGAAUUAAUGUUUUGCUUCAAGUAAGACAUUCAUCUUGAAUCACUUUAUUAUGCUUAAAACUAAUAAAAUAAAUAAUA